UUGAUGACGUAGCCCACUCCCGAGCUGCCAGCAGGCGCCGGUAGUCGCGGAGAUGGUCACCCUCAGGGAAAGCUGCCGUGGCGGCGGCGAAGGUUCCACGCCGCUGUCAUGGUGGCGGUUCUCGGUGUUACUACUUUGUGUGUCCUCGCUGCCGGUGGUCGGGGCGCUGGUGGAGGGUUUGUACUGCGGCACGGAGGUCUGCUAUGAUGUACUCGGGGUCACACGCGAGGCCUCCAAGGCGGAGAUCGCCCGGGCGUACCGGCAGCUGGCCCGCCGGUACCACCCGGACAAGUUGAGGCCUGGAUACCCGGGCUUGGAGGGAGAGACUCGGGAUUCCGCCAAGAAGAAGUUCCUCCUCGUUGCAACAGCAUAUGAGACGUUAAAGGACGAGGACACUCGGAGAGACUACGACUACAUGCUGGACCACCCUGAGGAGUACUACCAGCACUACUACGCCUACUACCGCCGACAGCUCACCCCCAAAGUCGAUGUCAGAAUCGUCAUCCUGGUCACCAUUUGUGCCAUUUCUAUAUUUCAGUAUUACAGUUGGCACACGAGCUACAACGAGGCCCUCAACUACCUGGUGACGGUCCCCAAAUACCGUAUCCAGGCAACCGCUAUCGCCAAGGAACAGGGCCUCCUCAACCGCACCAAGGAGAAGGGCAAGAACCGGCGCACCAAAGAGGAGAUCCGGGAGCAGGAGGAGGAGGUGAUCCGCGAUAUCAUCAAAACCAAGAUCGACAUCAAAGGAGGCUACCAGAAGCCCAACCUGUCAGACAUUUUGUUGUGUCAGAUAGUUCUUUUCCCUUACUACCUGACCAACUACAUGACCUGGUAUGUUUCCUGGAUUUACCGCUUCACCAUCUGCAGAGAGGAAUACGGCGAGCAGGAGAAGCUUUACAUUAUUAGGAGAUGCAUGAAGAUGUCUCAGUCUCAGUUUGACAGUCUGGAUGAAAGCAGCAAGCAGUCCUUCUUGGAAAAGCAGCUGUGGCUCAAAGACAACUAUGAGCUGUACAGAGCAGAGCAGGAGGAGCAGAUGAAGGUGAAGAUGGCGACCGACCCGAGGAUGAAGAGGUACAGACGCUGGAUGAGGAACGAAGGACCAGGUCGGCUCACCUUCGUCGACGACUGACACAAAUUUAUAUUCCAAGAGAUAUUUUCAUAGCGACGGUUCUUCAUACAAAGACGUGUGGAAUCAAAUGUUUACAAUGCAGUGACAUUUAUUUACUGCUGUUUAAUUCUUAUCCGCUCCAUUUUUUGUUUUUUUUGCAUUCAGUGUAAAGAACGAGGUCAAAAUUCACACACUUGCCCUCAAAACUGUUCAACUCUCAUUUAAAUGAUGUGGCAAUCAUCACAUUUUUAUUAAGUGAGUAAAAAUCAUUAAAGGGGAACUGCACUUUUUUGGGAAAUUUGACCUAUCAUUCACAAUCAUUAUGAUGGGUGUAUUUUUUUUUUUAAUGCAUUCUAAAUAUGAAAUAAAUGCAUUUAAAAGUUUGCUUACAAUGGA